CCCUCUUACCUCUGUCUCUUACAGCAGUAGGUCCCAGUCCAGCACCUGGCAGCAAAAUGUCUGACAAAGGAGCUUUCGACACCAAUGUGUUGACCCUCACCAGAUUUGUUUUAGAGGAGGGUAGAAAGGCCCAAGGAACAGGUGAGCUAACAAACCUGCUCAACUCCAUCUGCACAGCUGUCAAAGCCAUUUCUACCGCUGUCAGGAAGGCUGGGAUCGCUAACCUAUAUGGAAUUGCUGGAAGUACCAAUGUGACAGGGGAUCAGGUGAAGAAGCUGGACGUCUUGUCCAAUGACCUCGUCAUCAACAUGAUCAAGUCCUCCUUCACCUCCUGUGUGCUUGUCUCAGAGGAGGAUGAGAAAGCCAUCAUUGUGGAACCAGAUAAGAGAGGAAAGUACAUUGUGUGCUUUGAUCCUCUGGAUGGUUCCUCCAACAUUGACUGUCUUGUCUCCAUUGGAACAAUCUUUGCUAUCUACAGAAAGACCACAGAUGGGGAACCAUGUGAGAAUGAUGCUCUGCAACCUGGCAGAAACAUUGUAGCAGCUGGUUAUGCCUUGUACGGCAGUGCCACCAUGAUGGUCCUCUCAACUGGCCAGGGAGUGAACUGCUUCAUGCUUGACCCUGCAAUUGGUGAGUUCAUCUUGGUGGAUCGAGAUGUGAAGAUUAAAAAGAAGGGAAAAAUCUACAGUUUGAAUGAAGGAUAUGCACAGCAGUUUUAUCCAGAUGUGACAGAGUACCUACAAAAGAAGAAAUACCCAGAGGAUGGUUCUGCAGCAUAUGGAAGUCGAUAUGUUGGUUCAAUGGUUGCAGAUGUUCAUCGAACUUUGGUGUAUGGAGGGAUCUUUUUAUAUCCUGCAAAUGUUAAGAGUCCGAAAGGCAAGCUGAGGUUGCUCUAUGAAUGCAACCCCAUGGCUUUCAUCAUGGAGCAGGCAGGAGGCAUGGCCACCACUGGAUCACAAAAUGUUUUGGACAUCAAACCCACCAACAUCCACCAGAGAGUCCCUGUAGUCCUGGGAUCCCCAGAUGAUGUACAAGAGUAUAUUUCCAUCUACAAGAAGCACAACAAAUGAGCAGAUCUUGGGACCAACAACAAAACCAAGAGGCUCAGUCAAGUCAUUCAUUUACCUUUUUCAACCAUUCCCUCUGCUACAAAGAUAAAGGAGCCAGGAGCUUCCCUGGAUCUACUAAAUCUGCCUCACACUGUGUUAAUUCCAUCUACAUGUUGUGUGUUAUUUGUCAGAGAAACCUGUAUUUUUUAAAUAAAGACAACUGGAAAGAU